GCACAGAGCAAGUGCUGGCGGGACACUUGAGCUGCCUUGCUUGUACUGCGGGGAUAUGGACUCGGAUACGGAUUCGGAUAGGGAAAAGAGCAGCGAUCCCAAUGAGGAGCUCCUGAGCAGCGAUGAUAAGACAUUUCACGAUGAUGACGAUGGUGAUGAUGAUGAUGAGGAGGAUUCUUCCGAUCUGAUCGAUCCAAUUAGGCGAAUCGAUGCGGAACAAGUGCAAUCAACAGCAGAGCAACUGCUGGUGGUGCUCAUGCAAGCGGAAGCCAUAGAAAUGCAACAGCAGCACGAACAACAACAACAACAGCAGCAGCAGCAACAACAACAGCAGCAGCAACAGCAGCAAAUCGAUGUCGAGGUGGAUGUGGCUGACAUGUCAGUGGCAAUUGCUUUGGAGCCACCAACAGCCACCGCAGAGCCACCUGGCCAGCGUGUGCCCGCCGAGCCACUGAUUGCCAAGUACAGCGAGAGUGUGCGCGAGUCUGUGGAAUGUUUCUACUCUGCCCAGGAUCUGCUGGAGUAUGGCCAUAUGCUGUCCACGGCGGAGCAGCGCACGCCGGAUGUUGAGUCUGGCUACUUCGAUAAGUCCGAGAGUGACGAUGUCUCUCGCGAAGAUGUCGAGGCCCAGACGGGCUGCUUGCGUCGACCCAGAGGCGCCCAUGCGCUGCCAAUCCUCUCCAGCCAAGAGCUGGCAUCCACAACGAGCAGCUCGGAGAGUUUGCGCAUUGAGCUAAAUCGCUUCUGCAGCUCCAUGGAAGCAUUCGAGCUGCAGCAUCAGCAGCAGCAACAGCAGCAACUGCAGCUGCAGGUGGAGGAGCGGCAGCAGCAGCAGGAGGAGCAGGAGCAGAAUCAGUUGCUCUUAAGGGAAGCGAACGCAGCUGUAGGGGAUUUGGCUACGGACGAACGCUUCCUUGACACACAAAGUGAGCCAUAUGUUAUGCAGGUGUUUAGCCUAGAAGCUCAUCGUGCCCUUGAAUUGCUCGAGGAUUAUCAUGCGCGUCUCUCGGAGCCACAGGACCGUGCGCUGCGUAUUGCCAUCGAACGUGUGAUUCGCAUCUUUAAGUCUCGCCUAUUUCAAGCGCUACUAGAUAUACAAGAAUUCUAUGAAUUAACAUUAUUGGAUGACUCAAAGAGCAUACAACAAAAGACCGCCGAAACCUUGCAAAUUGCGACCAAAUGGGAGAAAGAUGGACAAGCGACAAAGAUAGCCGAUUUUAUAAAAACUACCAAUCUAAAUCGCAAUUGCGUCUAUGAACUUAACAACGAUGCCACAAAUCCCAAUCCAAGUUCAAAUCUUAAUCAAACGGUGAACGCGGCCGCGCAUGCCGAGGCCUUGAGCAGAACAUUUAAAAAUGAAUUGGAAGAGAUUUUGAACCAACGCAUGCGCAUUGAGUCUGAUUGCGAGACUGCCAAAGAUGCUGCAGCCGACGAUGCUGGCAUUCAACAAGUGCGCAACUCGCGCUCACCCCAGCAGCAGCAACAGCAACAGCAGCAGGUGGUACAACAGUUGCAGCAACACCUUAGCCAAUCACAGUCCACGGCAGCAGCUAGAAGCGGGACUCGGAUAGUAAGUGGCUGCAAUUGAAUGAAUUAUGUUUGCUCACUGCCCAUAGCUAAAUCAUGUCACACUAAUGCUCGAAUUGAGAACAAUUGUGGAAAAAAAA